UAUGAGUCUAAAGGUUCCUAUGAUGAUGAAGAGAUCAACCGCUAUUAACAGCAAACAAGCUCUGAUGUCUGAUCACAGUUCACGUUCCUCUCAUUUUCCAUCACCUGUGCUAUUUAUGAGCUUCUCUGAUGCUGAAACUUCUAAAAUGGAGCAAACUUCUGAAAUGAGCCCAACCUCUAUUUUAGAAGUAAAAUCCUUCUCUGCAACUAAGCAUCAUUCAUGGGAUCUUAGCAACUCGAAAACCGUUGGCCUCAGAAUUCUCGAUGAUCUCAUUGAUGAUAAAAUUGUUAGGAAACCUGUAAUUGAGUUUGGUGUCAAGAACAGGAGUUCACAGUUAGCUAUGGCGUCAUUACUUUCUCCUUCAAGAUCUUCGCCGGAGCCGCCGCCACCAAUCUUAUGUCUUUCGGCGACUGAGAUGGAGAAAUCUGAGGAUUAUACUCGUGUGAUUUCUCAUGGACCAAAUCCGAGGACAACUCAUAUUUUUGAUACUUGGAUCAUGGAGAACUGUGGGAAUGGCUUCAAUUCUCUGAGGAAGGAGAUCAGGAUCUCCAUGGAUGGAGCAAGUGGGGAUUCUUCUAAUGAUUUCUUGGCUUUUUGUAAUGCUUGCAAGAAGAAUCUUGGGGAAGGAGAUGAUAUUUUCAUGUUCAGGUUUGCCUCCAUCUUAUUCAUUUUCUUUUUUUAAAUUUGUAAAGCGUUAAAAUCAUGAAUAUGAG